GAGAGGGAGAGCGCGAGCUGUCUACGGUGAUGUUCCAUACGCCCUCUCCGCCCCUGCUGCUCGAGAGACAGGUGGUCGGGACACAUGCCUUCAUCCUCGAGCGCUCCCCGGUUAAAAGAAGAAAACAAAUCGGUUGACAGACAGCGGUGGGACUGCUAUCGUGAGGCAAGCGCGUCCCCGAUGGAAUUGGAGCCGGUGACCUCCGCGCAGCGAGCACUGGGCAGAGGAGAGAGAGGGGAAAGCAAGUUGGCGAGAGAACCUUACCGAUUUACGUUUACGUUUCUCACCAUGACUAUUGCGCUGGCUGCUUUUCCGCCGCAGCGGGGGGGAUUGUUAUUCACUUACAGACGGAAGAAACACACAAACCUCUGAGGCAAACCGGAGAGAGAGCAUUACCGGGAAUUUCCUUUUGUUCCAUUAUUCAUUUGGAUCCUAAUAGCUGUUGGAAGUUGUCUCGUGGGGAUUAUGAUGGCUUCGGGUGCCGGUAAAGCCCCGCAGCCCCCCGGGCCAGGCUCCGGUAGCCUUAACGGGACUGCAGCAGACUUACCGAACAUAGAGCAGGAGCUGUAUGACUAUCAGAUGCAUGGCAAGAUGUGCAAGAAGAUAGCUCAGCUAACCAAGGUGAUCUAUUCUCUGAACACCAAGAACGAAGAGCAGGAGGCGGCCCUUCAGGCCGUCAGCCACGCCCACCAGGAAGAGCUGAGGCGGAUUACCACGGGGACGUGUACCGAGGGGGAGGAGUCGGUAGUGCUUAGGACACGCCUCUCAGAGCUGCAGGAAACUCUAGCUCAGGUUCAGGUAGACUUUGAGAGCUACCGUGUCCAGGCAGAGGAGAGGGAUCGUGGGGUAGAGGCAGAGCUUAAGAGGGACUAUGAGGAAAAGCUCCAGGCUCUGGGGCUGGAGAGACAGGAGACCCAGGCCCAACUCAACACGGCCCAUGACGAGAGUCUACGACUGGGGAGAGAACUGGAGACGGCUGGGGAGUCUGUGCAGUGCCUGGAGGUUCAAUGUGACGAACUACGGAGGAAAGGAGAAGAGGAGCGAGGGAAAGGGAAGGAGGAGGAGACGGAGAGAAUGCGACUCCUCUCGGAGGAGGUGAAGACUCUGAGGAAAGGGAAGGAGCAAGCAGAGGAAGAGAGGGAGAGAGCAGUGAGAGAGGAGAGGGAGAAGUGGGAGACGAGGAUGAAGGAGGUGACAGAGGAGAAGGAGGAGUUGAAGAGGAGCAUGGAGGAGGCGCGCAGGGAGGAGAGACGGCAGUGGGAGGAGAGAGAGGAGGAGGAGAAGAGAGGGAUGAGUACAGUACUGAGAGAGAGAGUGAGGAAGGCGGAGGGAGAGAUGGAGGGCAGUCUGCAGCGACUCAACGAGAGCAAGAGACACGCUGCCAAACUACAGGGCAGAAUACAGGACCUGGAGGAGGAGUUGGAGUCGGGGAGGAGGCGUGUCUCGGGGGCAGAGGGUGGGGCUAAGAGGGCAUGGGAGGAGUUAGUCGUGGCCAAAGAGAGACUACUGCUGCAGGAGGAGGAGCUGCAGAGCAAAUCAGAGGAGCUGCUGAGUCGUGGUGUGUGUGAGGGGUGUGUGUGUGUGAACGUGGAGGAGUUGAAAGGUCAGGUGAACAAACUGCAGAGCAGGAACAGAGAGCUGGAGUUGCAGAGCAGCGGGAGAAACAACGACUACGCCAGACAGCAUGCGGAGGCCCUGGCUAGUCUGCGUUCUGAGAUGGUGAGGGCUCAGUCAGAGGAGCUCCGGAGAGAACGGAAACACGCGGAGGUGGACAAGGAACAAAUGCAGAAAGAGAGAGAAGAAGAGAGAGAACACCUGCAGAAAGAGAGAGAAGAAGAGAGAGACAGACUGCAGAAAGAGAGAGAAGAAGAGAGAGACAGACUGCAGAAAGAGAGAGAAGAAGAGAAAGACAGACUGCAGAAAGAGAUAGAAGAAGAGAGAGCACGCCUGCAGAAAGAGAUAGAAGAAGAGAGAGAACACCUGCAGAAAGAGAGAGAAGAAGAGAGAGAACACCUGCAGAAAGAGAUAGAAGAGGUGAAAGGAAGAGUGACAACACAGAUGGAAGGAAACACGGAGCGAGUGGAGGAGCAGAGAGAGAGUCUGAACCAGGAGAAGAAGAGAUUGGCAGAGCAGGCGAACAAGGAAAGGAAGAGAUUGAAGGAGCAGGCGGACGAGGAAAGGAAGAGAUUGAAGGAGCAGGUGAAGAAGGCGAUAGAAGAGGUGAUGAGGAAACAUGCAGCUGAGCUCCACAACGCCCAGGAAGCACUGAGGAAAAACCAAGAGCAGGUGUGUGUACGUGUACAGGAGGACAGGAGGAGUGGUGAAGAGGUGUGUCGAAGGCUGCAGACUGAGAGGGAGGAGCUUAGAGACCAGCUGCAGCAGGCAACCAAUCAGAUCUGGCAUUUGGAAGGAGUCAUUCAGCAGCAAAGUCAGGGGUGUGUGGCCUCUGAAACUCCUCCCACCUGCGGAAUCCACUGUUCCCACCUCCGAGAGGAUCUGCAGCACAUACAGGAAGAGAUGGAGCGACAGAGAGAGAGUUACCAGAGGGAGAUGACAGGUCUGAGAACAGACAAACAGAGACUGGAGGAGAAGGUUCUAGAGCUCAACCAACAGACCCAAGAGAACACAGACAGAAACGUUCCGGAACACAACCAAGGGAACACAGACAGAAACGUUCCAGAACACAACCAAGGGAACACUGACAGAAACGUUCCAGAACACAACCAAGGGAACACUGACAGAAACGUUCUGGAACACAACCAAGAGAACACAGACGAGAGAAUCCGGUCAGAGUGUGAGGAGCGCCUGAGGGCGGAGCUUGAUGCGGCUGUUGCCACGAGCAACCAGAGAGAGCAGGAGCUGCAGACUCAACUAGCAGAUCUCCAAUCACAGGUGGAGAGGAAGGCGGGGCCAGCAGAGGGUCACCAUGAUGACAGCGAGAUUGACAGGCUGCGGAGGGAGGUGCAGGAGACCAGAGACAUGAACCAGAGACUGAGAGAGCAGCUGCAGGAGGAACAGAGACACUCUGAAGAACGACACACGGCGUUGCAGGCUCUGGAGAGACAAGCUCAGGAGGAACUGCAGACCGAGAGGAACAGACUCCACACACUGCACCUGUUACAGCUAGAUAAGCAGGGUACAGAGCUGAGCCAGCAGUACACAGAGUGGAGUAGACAGUUGACCCAGAGACACAUGAAACACAUCGAAGACCUGCAGGCGGAACUACACACACACACAGAGAUGAUGGCCCUGCAACAGGACUUGAAGCAGCAGAAUCAGUACCAGGUGUUUGAGCGUCAGCUGGAUGAGAGUCGCUGUGCCGUUCUGGAACUACAGAGGGAAAACACUGUACUGAGGUCGGGAGAGGAGGCGAUGGGAAGAGAAAGAGAGCAGAAGGAGAGAGAGGAGGAAGCCCAACGACUGAGAGUGGAGGUGGACAGACUGAGAGAAGAGGUGGAGAAACUGGAAGAGGCUCAGAAACAACGGGAGGAACAGAGAGAAGAAGAGAUGAGAGAAGAGGAGGCGCGAAGAGAGAUGGAGGAGAAGAGGAGGGACGAGGAGAAGAGGACGGAGGAGGAGAACAGGAGAGAGGAGGGGAAGAGGAGAGAGGCCGAGGUUGAGGAGAAGAGGAAGGUGGACGAGGAGAAGAGAAGGAAGGCGGAGGAGGAGGAGAAGAGGAGGAAGGAGGAGGAGGAGGAGGAGAGGAGAGAGGAAGUGAAGAAAGAGCACAGGAGAGCGAUGCAGAGUCUGGUGUGUGAAUACAGCAGCUGUCAGGCAGAGCUACAGACUCGCAUAGUGGCCCUGGAGACAGAGCUACGGGAGCGUGAGGAGAGGUGCAGGAGGAGGGAGGUUCCUCUCUGUGAUGAUCUCCAGAUGGGGAGACUACAGGAGAGACUCACUGAGAGGAACCAGCUCAUCAAACGCCUGGUGGAGGAACGACAUCAGCUGCAGUUUCAUCCUCCGGUUGCCGGGGACAACGGAACCCUCAGGCUCCAUGACAACAGGCCACACCCCGGGAUCGUUACACCAUCUAUGAGGAGGAAGCGUGUGGAGGAGUCUCCGCCCCGCAUCACCAGCGUUCCAAACCUCAGCGCCUACGAGAGGAGCGUCCCCCUCCCCACGACACCCCCUCCCCCUGCCUCCCCCAACACCUCCCCCUCCUCAACUCUGCCCUACGCCUCCUCCUCUCUCCCCCGUUCCUCCCCCUCCCUCCCCCGUACUCCCAGGUCUCCCAGUUUGGAUCCCAGCGGUCGCGGCCCUCUCUCUCGUACCCCCACUCCUCUCCCCCUGCUCCCACCACCCCUCCCCCUCUGUCCAUCCUCCCUCCCCGAGCCUCGACACGGGAUUCGACACGUCACCUCACCCUCGCAGGAGCUCCGCCCACACCUGAACAGCCAGUCAACCAGGAGCCCAUAUUUGGAGCAGAGGGGGAGUGGCCAGGGGGCAGAGGGGCGGGACCCUCAGAGGCAGGAUUGGUACACAAAGUACUUCUCCUUCUGAACACACACACACACAUACACACACACAGGUGACCUCUACACACCUGUACAACACACUCAGCUUUAAACAAACACCUGACAGACCAAAACGAUGCUUGUUCAAUGCAAAUGUCUUGUAUUAUAAUCUAUAAUGUGGAAUAAAGUAUUUUAUUUAU